AAACAGAACUACCCUAUAUGGCGUGCAGCCCAGCGGCUCUGCUAAUAUGUUUUAUACCGUUUAGGAAUAUCAACUAAAAAAGAGGCAAAAUAAUGAUGAUGCUGAAGACUACCGAUGCGUGUAAGAAGCUCUGAACUUCCCUAGCGCUCGCGGUCUCCAGGGUUGACUCCGGGCUCCUCACGUGAUUGACGCCAGCAGCGGAAACUACGGGGAUGGAGGCGGUAUGAGCAGCAGCAAGGAGAAAUGGUCACGUUCAGGAGACGCGACAAAUUCACCCCAAAACGGUCUCUGUCCCGGCUGGUUUUUAGAGAGCGCACCGAGGAUUACCGAGUUACUAUAAUCGGUUUGUAAUAAUCCCACCGAGACAGCCACGGUCUGCGGGGAGGAGAGAAGGAUCCUGCGCGGGUACCGGAGGCGGCGAUGGGAGAGUCAGUACCGCAGAGAUGAUGCGCCUCGUACUCGAUUGCUUGCGAACACCAAGGCAACGGGCAUCUAACGGCGAGAGGGAGAAGACCUCACUGGAGCAGGAUGAGAGAGUCAUACAGAAGACAAGCGAUAUCAGGGAGCUGGAGGAUGCGGUGCAGGUUGAGGGCAUCGAGCUGCAGGAGCAGCACUCGGACAAGCUGGAGCUGGAGCAGACCCUGGAGCGCCUGGAGAAGCACAGGGCUGAGCUGGAGGAGCAAAUCAAACGCACCCGGCUGCAAUGCUUCCAGGAGAGCCAGGAGAUCCUGUCUCUCCAGGCAGAGGAGGUGAAGAGAGAGACCACGGUGGAGGAGUACGAGUGGGAGCUGGCCAGGGCACGCAGGAGGCUGAAGAGGCUGAAAGAGGAAGUGAGGUCGGCACAGCAGAAGGUGGAGGAGGCGGGCGAACGCACAGUCCCGCUGCAGGAGGCCAUCAGCCAAUCAUAUGAGGAAAUCUUAGAGGAGGAGAGAAGGCUGCAGGUGCUGUCUGGAGAGAGACCAGGAGAUGCUGCUCUUACACCUGACUUCCAGAAGGGGGAGUCGGAGGACCUGUCUCCCCCAUCCUGCACGACAGAGGAAGUCCCUGUCAGACCCUGGGGAAGGAGCCAAUCACUGCCUGCCUACGCUGAUGUCAUCCUGAGGAGGUGUGGUUCAUCCUGCCUCACUAACAACCCCCUGAGUGAGACUCAGGAGGACGAGGAUGAGGACGAGGCCUCCGUAUCCAGCACACCAAAGAUAAUCCCAUGUGAAUGUGGGGAGGAGGAAGGAGAGGAAGAGGAGGAGGAAGGAGAGAAAGAGAAGGAGGUGGUGGAGGUGGAGUGUGUGGCUCCUACAGGAUCCACCAGCAGCAUCGCCAUCGACGAGCUGGACUUUUACCACCCAGAUCCCUUCGUACACUGUGAGACUGAACACAACCUUUUCAAGGAUGACCUCUUCCCCAAGACAGCCACAUCUGACGUCUUUGCUGACGACCCGUUCAAAGGCACCGACCCGUUCGCCGCAGACGUCCUGUUUCCAGAAAGGUCAGAGGUCACGUAUCCCACCGCCGAACCCCUCGCUGACUCCUCCUCCCCUCCGGAGGCGGGGCUUAAUGACGAGGGGGACACCAGUCUGUCCUGCGCGGAGAACAAGGCGUCGACGGGGACGCAGUGCUUCGAGUCUGAGUUCCCAGACGAGGACGAGUCCAGCGACAUCGAGAUCAGCUACAGUCGGGAGGACUUGGAUACGGUUGCCAUGGGUGACGACCCCGCCGCGACCUCCGACGCCGAAACCCUGGGGUUCAAACCCAUACAAGCCCCUCGGACCAUGUCCCUGGACACUCAGGCCAGCGACCAGGCGGGGCCGGAGGGAUUGGAACCAUCGGUUCUGGACCCCAGCAGAACCACCAGGUCCAACACCUGGGCUUCUCAACCCAACUACUCCACUGAGUCCGACCCUAACGGGUACGAGUUCGACAUCAACGCUGUGUCGCCUCCCUCGGACAUCGAAGAGCUCAGUCUGGGUUCGAUGCCCGCCAGCUACGACUCUGCAGCAGCUGGGUUCGAGUCCCGGCCAAACCCUGGUUUCUCACCAGCUGAUUCAGACACUCCGGACGUCUGCGGGCUUGAGACCCUCCCUGGGAGUGAGGAGGCUGGACCCGACCCAGACCAGCCCGAGUGCCUUGAUGCCUCCAGCCCACCAGGUGGCGCCACCUCUGACGUCGCCGACCCGCCACCGGCUCACCCGGAGCCACAGGGCAGCGCGGAGCUGGGUGACGGCAUCUGCUUCAACCGCUCCCAGCGAUCCGAUUCAGAGCUGGACAGCGCCAUCGGCCUUGACGCCCAGAGCAGCUCGGAACACAACAGUAAGUUCAGCUUCGGGACCAAUAGCUUUGAGUUCUCCUACGAGCCCAGUAACCAGGCCUCGUUCGACCCGUAUGGGUUCAAACUGAGCCCGGAACACAACAGCAUCCAGGACAUCCUUGACCCUUACGGUUCCGACCUCGGCUCAGAACCGGGUAACAACGCCUCCUUCGACCCUUACGAGUUCAAACCCUCUUCCUCCCAGCCCGAUGACGAGGCCGCGACCUACGACCCCUACGGAUUCGACCUCCUGCCUCAGAGAUCCCACAGGGAAACCUCUGACCCGUACGGGUUCAAGCUCAGCCCGGAGACGGACACCCUGCUCCACUUCGGCGGCAGCGCCGACGACGCCUACGACCCCCUCGAGGCAGACAACAACAACACCCCCUUCUCCAAGAUGGACCCCUUCAGCUUUGAGCUGCAACCACAACCCGACCAGUUCCCCACUAGCAACGACCUACUGGGACUGGAGCUCAGCAACACUGUGGCAGAAGAACACGUCUCCUCCUCCGAGACUAACAACCCCACGUCAGCCUGCGCCUCUUCCUCCACUUCUUCCUCCACAACAAACAUGGCCGCCGGGAUGGGCUGCGAUCUGCUGGGAGGCGACCUGGACUCCGUGUUCGGGACGGGGGUUUACGUGGCCUGUGACGACGUGGCAGACGACCUGGAGCCCUUCGAGCACCGGGUGGGAAACCCCGAAGGGCCUCCCCUUGACAACCGGGUCGUCAGGGCGAGGGAGGCGGCCCACUCUGAGUCGUCCGACACGGUGGCGGACUGGAUGACUGUCCGGUCGAAUUCCAAGGAGUCGUUUGGUCCGGUCAACUCUCGCACAUGCAGCCUGGACAAAUGACCUCUCACCUCCGACCUGUGGCAAGGUCACCUGACUUACAGAGACUCCGUCAGAGGGUCACGAUGAUGGAGAGGAGUUGGGAGGAGACGAGGCAGGAGAGAGGAGAGAGGAGAGAAAGGAGAGAGAGAGGCCCUUCCCUCUAAAGCUGGCAUGUCUAAAACUCAAACUGUUGACCCCGUUCAAUGGGACGGGUACAAUUUAAAGUGGUUAAUGUUUAUUGAAAUGACUACAAAUUUCGGGAAGAUUGUUUGUAAUAAUCAAAAGGUUGAGGGAGGGUUGCUGUGAUUUCAAUAUUGAAGAUAAUAGUUGUAGAUGAUAUUAGUUGUUUUACAGUCCCGUAGUGUAGACUCCCCUUGAAUUCUGGGCCUCAAGGGACCAGAUUACUGGUCUGCGUACGUCCAAUAGAAUCUCUCUGAAACUGUAAACAGGAAAUGUGUUCUCAACUCUCAUCACUCUACCCUCUCACCUUUAGCCAAUCAGCGUUGAGGAGUGUGAUAAGUCAUGGUGGUUAACAGACGCUCAUAUCCAUACCGAUGUAUCAAGUACACAUAGAAGCCAAAUGUAGAAAUAUAACUGCCUCCAUUUUAAAUAACAUCAGGUGUGCUUGUGACUGACUUCAUUACACUGGUCCUCUUGAGGCCAGUGAUGAGGUUCCACCCCUUCCAGCCAGAUGCCCCACCUCCUAAACCAUGAAGCUCCACCCCUUUAGCCAGCUGCCCCACCCUCUGAUGCUUGAAGCUCCACCCCUUCCAGCCAUCCACUCUGCCCCUAAAGCAUGAAGCCCCACCCCUUCUAACCAGUCACCCUGCCCCCUACAACACGAAGCUCCACCCCUUCUAACCAGUCACCCUGCCCCCUACAACACGAAGCUCCGCCCCUUCUAACCAAUCACCCUGCCCCCUACAACACGAAGCUCCGCCCCUUCUAACCAGUCACCCUGCCCCCUACAACACGAAGCUCCGCCCCUUCUUGCCAAAGUACACACCAGGGUGGACCCUUACAUCCGUGCUUGGCUGAGGACAGCAGUUUGGACCUGAACCUUCUAAGAGUAGGACUGGUCAUCGAGACGACUGCUGUGCUCAUGUACUAGACUGACUCUGUGCGUAUAUUAUGGGCUGGGCUGGGUUAGGCUCGGCCAUGGUACAUUGUGGAGUCUACAAUACUACUUUUGGCGUGUGUUUUAAAGCAUGGGGUGGGGUGAGGGGGCGAUAGGAAGGUAGGGCAGGUUCCGGGCACCCAGGGCCGCCUGAGCAAUUUAAGUUGAUGAAUAAUUUAGUUGUUUUGAAGUGAAGCCAAGCGUAGUACUGUAGUACAGUUAUUAUUCAUGUCACGUUAAAACCCCCAGAGCAGGAGCUUUCCGAACUCUCACCUCUCGAACCUCAAAUCCUCUUAAACCCUCUCAACAACCACAAACCAAUAGCCCAGCUCAGCCCCUAAGCCUCCGUCCACACUUCCUGAAGAGCUGGGCUGGCUGGAGAGACGCCAGCCACGUGGGGAUAUUUCCAACACAACUCCGGACACCCAGAGAGCCACGUUACCGGUCACUUACACCCAGCCGACCCUUGUGAGAUCUGCUCAAGGCUCCGGGUGAGGGACUAGGGUCUGGAUUGGGAUUAGGCCGGAUCUGCUUCUGAGUGAGUGGGUGCUUCGAAGCCAGAGCUCUCCAGCCCUGCGCCUGUGAGAGCCAACUUCUUGCAGGGUUUCGCUUCAACUCCAACUAACCCGAUUCUGAUACUAAUAUUCUGGUUGACAGGCUGAAUCAGGUUUGUUUCAGCAGUGUGUUGGAGCUUAACCUCCUACAGCAGGGUAGUUUAGCUUUCCAGGAACAACACUGGAGACUCCUGCUCUAAGCCAUACUAACCGACUGUAAAUACAACUUUUUCCAGUGCAAUACCAACCAGAGCCAGCAGGGGGCUGUUGGUAACAGAAACACAGCAGUGCUUCUGUUACCAUGAACACCCUAAACGCAUCAAAGGUUGAGAUGUUUAAUAAUGACCAACCUUGCAUACAAGUGUAGCUUAAAUGUUCACCCGUUGAGAUGUUUGUGUUGAAUCCUCACAUAUGUGGUUAAUACUGCCUCAGCCUAUACUGGUGCUUGGUACAAACUAAGUGUUUUUUUUUCUAAAACUGCAGUUCAGCGUAAUGACACAGCAGAUGAAUUCUUAUCAAUAACAAGUAGGCCUACAUUUCCUGUACAAAAAUUGCAUGAGAAACAUCUGCUUCGACGCAUAGAUUACCAGAAAACACACAGCUAAAUGGUCAUGGUAGAGUAGCAAUGCAAGUGAAUUUUUAUUUUGUAACAAAUGAAAAACAACGUUAAAAAAUGUAUCGAUUCUGUGUUUGGGUGUAUGCGCAUCGUGGGGUGUGCAAGCCGCGCACAAUAUAGCCUAGCGAUGUUUUCAUACUGUUUUCUAUAUGUAUUUCAUGAUUCUACAUGAUUCUACUUAAAUUAUCAUCAAAAUAGGUUUUGAAGAAGCACAUGGAGAGGAACUUCCAGCCAGGAAUAGCUGUGCGAUUGGUUUAGAAACCAAGGUGUUCGUUAAAACCAUCUCCUCUGCUUCUAGGCCUAGUGAGCAUAUAGGCCUAAGUAUCGCUUUCCUUAGUUAUAACCUUUCGCAGACAAGAAUUUCUAAAUUAUUAGCACGAACUGAAUUGUCUCAACUUAACUUUUCAACUUGUUACACUAGCACCUGGAGAACUCGCUUCUGACUUUACUUUGAAACCACACGUCACAUCACUUCCUUUCCAGGUGUUAGAAUAACGAUCUCCGGAGUCAGGGACUGCUGCACCAAAACACUUUGACAACAUUCCAAAUAUAGACACUUCUUGAAGACAAUGAUUCGGCUUGACAGACAAGGACCUAGCCAUGCAGACAGACAGACAUCAGGCAGGCGAGCAGACAGACAGACAGAAAGACAGACAGACAGACAGACAGACAAACAAAAAGGCAAACAGGGAGACAGGCAGACAGACAGGCAGACAGACAGAGUAGAACAAAGUAUGACAUUUAAACUACGAAAGACACAUUAGGAGAUCCUGUAGGCCUACAGAAACUCCAACAUUCAUCACAAAGUCAUUAUAUCUACUAGGUAUAUAUAAUACUUGUUAGAUUACGUUCCCAGUGCACAUGACCAUAUAGCAUAUAGAUCUUUAUGUUUUAUUUUGUGUAUGUGUGUUUUAUGUUUUAUUUUAUUUUGCACUUUGAAGCCCACUGACGAGAAUAACAAGUAUACUCUUUUCUGUGAAUGGUGUUGUAACUGUUGUGUAAUUUAAAGUGUCUGAACAAAAAGUUAAUAAAUUAUUCCAACAGGA